GGAAAUGUGUGGUUUGGUUUAAAGUGAAGCGAGAACGAAACGCCACUUGUCACUUGUUUGCUCAAGUGACGGAUGAAGUGACGGAUCAUGCUCCACAAGGUAUUGUUCAUUAAGAUGCUGUUGCUGCAUUACGCAACCCAGAGUGAGCCAGAAAUGUAUGCAAACUGCUAUGAAGAUGUUCUGGUGAUGUGUCCAGGUGUUGUUGUUGACAACAUGGAGUUCAGCUCUGUGGCAUGGUACAAGCAUCUCAACAACACAAAGCUUGGCAUCAUCAGGAGGGGCAGAGAUAACAAGACCAAGAAGUACAGCAACUUCGUUCGUUCACCCAAACCCAGGUUUGGAGAGAAAAACAGUCUUUUGAUGUCCGGUGUGACGCCUGAAGACUCAGGCACCUACGAAUGUGAAAUCAGUGCGAAUAUAGGGGGUCAAAAUCAGAAUUUUGAAGUUCACCUGAAGGUCAAUGAUUGUGGGAAAAAGACUGAGAUGACAACGAUGACACCUGUGUUGAACACGACUGAGCCCGACCUGCGCUGCCACAAACAAGAGGACAUGCCAGUCAUGUGGAGCGUUAUGGGCUACAUGGCAGUGGGCCUCGCCAAAAUCGUUUCAUCUCUAAUCAGCAUUUGGGUUAUUCAAGCUGUUCGUACGAGGUCCUCGAGACGACUCCAGCAUAAGUGGUGAUGCUGACCUGUGAAAUGAUAUAGAGGUACAAAUCAUCGAAGUCAGCAGUUGCAAGUGAUUUUAUUUUUUCAAUUACUUAUUUAUUCUGCUUUUACUUUGUUUUCAGAGAAGUUCAUGUAUUAUUAUUUUUUCCAUUAGGUUUGUAAAUAUGAGUCACUGUGGUGAACCAAAACACAUGUUGCCUUUUUUUUUUAAUGUCUUGAAAGAGGUCAACUCAACCAGAAGAGUUUGUCAUAACUAAACAGGAAUGGGCACAAAAAGGAGGAACAAAAAACAGGUGAUCUUGUAACGUUGAAUUUACUUGAUUAUGUUGACGGGGUUUAAAUUUACAUCUGAUAUGCUAACAUGAAGCAUAAAUUGCAACGGUCAGCAUGUUAUUCAUGUUUUUAAUUGUUCUGUUUAUACAUUUAUAUUAAUAAACUCAGCAACUGUGUAUCACCCAGCUAGUGGUUUUCACCCAGUUAAAGCUAUUAGUUCCUGCUAUAAAUCAAAUGCUCAAAUAUAACAUCACUCUGAACGUGGGACCACAAACACCUAUAAAUGUAAUUUCAACAAGCCUUUAGCAGAUGAAUAUUGUGGUUGGAUUAUCUUUAAAACAUCGACACUCUCUUUUAGUUUAAGCCCUCUGGAGCUGAGUGCAGUUCCUGUUUAAGAAGUGAAGUGAGAGUGCUGCAUGUUGAGAUGCUGUAGUCAUGUCUGUCCCCACUACUCAUCCCAGUGAGGGAGAGUUCUCCUCCUGGUGUACAAAGUCAAACUAAUACAGGAAAGGCAUUAAAUGGAUCACUGCUUUUACAAAUAUUGAUUUGAGAUCAUAACAGAGGCAUCACACAGAGUGCAGCUCAGCAGGUACAGAGUAGAGAAAAAUGUGCACAGAUCACCACCUACUGGCACGACCAUGACACAACCAGUCCGCAGAAUCAGAUUUACACUGGAGAAUUUAACUGUUUAAAAACAGGGUUUUAAUUAUUUUAAUUGCAAUAUCAUGCUUAAUGAAGUGAGCCGGUAUGUUGGUUAGACACUUUUAUAUGAGCUGUUUUCUUUUUAUAUUUUUAUGUAUCAAUUUAUAAUUAUAAAUAUUUUAACUGUUAAAAGUGCACAGUUAUUACUUCGGCCGUCUUCAAACAAAAUACAGGUUAUAAAGUUCACAAGACAACAUUUGUGUAUUCUUUAUAUUUAUUAGUAAUGUAGAAACGUGUGUGUAUCUGGCAUUGAAUGCUAUCAUUUGUUCUGUUUGUGUCUGUCUUGUGAAACGCAUUUUGAUAAGUAAAUAAAUAUUUUGUAUUACUAUUAUUAACUACUACACUGGAUACUAUACUAAACCGUCAUUGCACAACAUGAAACUAAUAGCCUACAAUCUACUGUUAAAUAUCACAAAUACACAAUUCACAAAUCAGCUCUUUGAUCAUGGCAGAGAGAAACUGUGCCGCCUUCCUGAAAACCUGGUCUCCAACGAGCAGAGCCGUCCCAGCAGCUCAAUCCCACGCCGACCCAGUAUGCCUUAUUCUGCGUUCACACCAAAAAAGUUUCUUCAUUAAAAUAACUUCUCAUAAUCUUCUGAAGCGAGAAAACAACUAUGUACAUUUCAAACAUUGAAAAUUAAUGGUGAAUCGAAAAAUUCAUUUUUGGGAGGCGAGCACCUGUGGGGGUCAAUAGCUAGCCAGCCGGUAAGUCAGGCCUAAGGACCCCGCUGUGAGCUUGCUGGAGCUCUCUUGAAACCUUUGUAGGUGGGAUAGAGCCAGGCAGCUAUCCAGCCAAGUGACCACCCCACAUGAACAGACCAAGACCAGCCUUAGCGGCAUGGAGUUGGCAUGGAGAACACAAUAUGAAGUCAGGAAGCAUCACUGGAUGCUCUAUGGAACCGUGUCCAUGACCUGGUGAUGGACAUGGUUAAGCAUCUGUUUACAGUUUUAACACACCUUAUCAUCAGCAAUCAUCCUUUUUGUUUUCAUGCUUUGCCUCAUGAAAGCGAUGUCUUUAAUUGAAGCUCAUAUCCUCCUGUUUUUCCAGAACUUUACCAAAGAAAAAAGUCUUAAACUGGGGAGACCCAGACAAGGGCCUGUGCUUGAGUACAAGAAGCUCACUAAUGCAAGAUAUAAGUAUGCCAUUCGCUUCAUUUGUUAAAAUGAGCAAGCCAUGAGGGCUGACUCCAUGGAAGUGAGAGUUCUCAACUGUAAACGAUCUUUGCCGUGUUGAUGGAUUUUCAGGAUCAGACAAUAUUGCUGAGUAAUGGCGACAGCAUUAUAGUACCUUAUUCAACUGUAUCACAAGUGACUUAUAUAAGGUGGACAAUAUUGAGAGUAAUGUGCCAAUGAUGAUUAUGUCACAUGAGGUAUACCACGCUAUAAUUAAGCUGGCUGAUGGCAAAGCAAGUGGUUUAGACCAUAUUACUGCUGAAUCCCUUAAAUAUGCAGCACGUGAGGCUGGGAAAACAUGUCUCAGCCUCUCGGUCCAUCAGCACCGGUUCCCCCCAAGGCUGCGUUCAUUCCCCUCUAGUCUUCUCCCUGUACACCAAGAGCUGCACCUCCAGUCAAGCUCCUGAAGUUUGCUGAUGACACCACCCUCGUUGGACUCAUCUCUGAUGGGGAUGAGUCCGCAUACAGGUGGGAGACUGACCAUCUGGUGACCUGUUGCGGUCUGAAUAACUUAGAGCUCAACACUCUGAAAACAGUGUAGAUGAUUGUGGCUUUCAGGAAGAAUGCAGCCCCACCCGCCCCCAUCCCCCUUUGUGACUCCCCCAGUCGACACUGUGGAGUCUUUCUGCUGCCUGGGCUCCAUCAUAACCCAGGACCUCCAAAUGGGAGCGGAACAUCAGCUCCAUCACUAAGAAGGCGCAGCAGAGGAUGUUCUUCCUGAGGCAGCUGAAGAAAUUCAACCUGCCAAAGCCAAUGAUGGUGCACUUCUACACCUCCAUCAUUGAGUCCAUCCUCUGGUCCUCCAUCACCAUCUGGUACGCUGCAGCCACUGCCGAGAACAAGGGCAGACUGCAACAUAUCAUCCGCUCUGCAAAAACACUUAACUACAUGUAACUCUUCACUUUAAACUUACUUACACUGGUUAAAGUACUGAAACCUUUCUGUCUGUGCACUUUAUCUUAUAUUUAUAUUCUUAAUUCUCGCAUUAUGUUGAUUGUUGUUGAUUGUUGUUAAUGUUACUGUCUAUUGUUGCACCACCCACCAUGACAAAUUCCUUGUAUGUGAAAACAUACUUGGCAAUAAAAGGUUAUGGUUCUGAUUCUGAUAUGCUAGUCCGAGGAUAGCUCCUCUUCUUGCCAUUUGUUUUACCAGCUUUGUGACGCAUGACUUGUUCUGUUAGUGCCCGUCAUUAAAAACAGAGUUGGUAAAGUAGGUAGCUUAGAUAACUACAGGCCCGUUGAUUUGGCAAGCAUCCUGUCAAAAGUAGAAUAAUCCUGUUGGACAGGUUAAAUGAGUUGAUUCACUCCUCAGAUAAUCAGUUUGGCUUCAAUGCCAAACAUGGCACUGACUUGUGUGUAUGUGCCUUAAAGGAAAUUGUCAACACAUAUAGAGGUCAAAACUCAUCUGUUCUCAUGUGUUUUAUUGAUGCCUCCAAAGCUUUUGACUGUGUUAAUCAUGGAAAGUUGUUUGUAAAAAAGAGGUGUGCCCAAACACAUUGUGAGAGUUCUGGCUAACUGGUAUGCUCACCAGACUAUGCAAGUAAAAUGGGGCCAAAGUGUCUCACCCCCAUUUGGGGUCAGCAAUGGGGUCCGACAAGGGGGGAUUUUGUCCCCAGUUCUUUUUAAUCUAUAUAUUGAUGAUCUUUCCAAGCAGUUGAAAGCCUGUAAUACUGGGUGCAUGAUUGGCAAUACUUUAGUUAAUCAUGUUAUGUAUGCAGAUGAUCUUGUGAUUCUUAGCCCAUGUAAUGCUGGUAUUAAGCAGCUCCUUACUGUAUGUACUGUAUAUGGUGUGGAACAUGACAUCAAAUACAAUGCCAGUAAGAGUGCUAUCCUGAUCUGUAGAACCGAAGAGGACAAAAGUGUAAAAUUCCCUGACUUCAAAUGGUCUGAUAAUUACCUCGGUGUCUGUGAUAAGGUAAAAUAUCUUGGACAUUUUAUUACAGAACAGAUGACCGAUGAUGAAGAUAUCUACAGGCAAUGUUGUAGGAUGCAUGCACAAGCAAACAUUCUCUCACGCAGGUUUAGUGUGUGUAUAGAUGGAGUGAAGAUGUCUCUGUUUAGAGCCUAUUGUGCACCACUGCACACUUGUGGUCUAAUUACAAAAAAUUAAGCUUACAGACUCCAAGUAGCUUAUAAUGAUGCCAUGAGAAUAUUACUGAAGAGACCGAGAUGGAGUAGUGCCAGUGAAAUGUUUGUGGCUGCAGGAGUUAAUACUUUCCAAGCUGUUUUAAGAAAUCGUAUGUAUAAAACUAUCUGCCGGGUUAAUGACUCCGAAAAUGAAGUAAUCUUGGUUUUAUCAAACAUAUACUUUAGUUCCCAGAUGUUGAGACAUUGGUACAGCUGUCUAUUUAUAAGGCAUUCGUAGGUCUAUGUAUUUUACAUGUGAUUU